AUGACGACCAACAUCGUCCUCGAAACCACAAUGGGCUCCAUCACGCUCGAGCUCUACACCUCGCACGCCCCCAAGACGUGCAACAACUUCGCCACGCUCGUCCGCCGCGGCUACUACACGUCGACCGUCUUCCACCGCGUCAUCCCCAACUUCAUGGUGCAGGGCGGCGACCCGACGGGCACGGGCCGCGGCGGCGCCUCCAUCUACGGCGACAAGUUCGAGGACGAGAUCGACCCGGCGCUCAAGCACACGGGCGCGGGCGUCCUUAGCAUGGCCAACGCGGGGCCCAACACCAACGGCUCCCAGUUCUUCAUCACCCUCGCGCCCACGCCCUGGCUCGACGGCAAGCACACCAUCUUUGGCCGCGUCAAGUCCGGGCUCGGCACCGUCAAGCGCAUGGGGCAGGUGGGCACGGGGCCCGAGGAUCGGCCCGUCGAGGAUAUCAAGAUUGUGCAGGCGCGCGUGCUGGAGGGGGAUGAGGAGGUGUAG